AUGGAGGUGUUAAGCAUGUUUUCUUUUAUUGCUCAAGCCACGAUACUUUUCCUUUUGUUUCUUAAACUCACAGCCUACGGCAACAAAAGCAAAUUACACAAGAAGCAGCUGCCUCCCGGGCCAUGGAGCCUUCCGUUCAUCGGCAGCCUCCACCACGUCUUGCGUGGCCUCCCACACCGCACAAUGAGGGAGUUGUCUCACCAUCAUGGACCCCUGAUGUUCCUCAGGCUUGGCGAGGUUCCAACCUUGGUCGUCUCCAGCGCCGAGGCGGCGGAGCUGGUGAUGAGGACCCACGACCUGUCGUUCGCCUCCCGACCGAGCAGCGUGACCAUCAACAUCGUCGGCUGCUGCGGGAAGGGGAUCGGCUUCGCCCCCUACGGCGACCGCUGGCGCCAGAUGAAGAAGAUUUGCAUCAUGGAGCUUCUCAACGCCAAGCAGGUGAAGCACGUGGAGUCCAUAAGGGCCGACGAGGUGGGCCGCCUCCUCCGCUCCAUUGCGGCGGCCUCUGGUUUCGUCAACCUCAGCAAGAAGGCGUCGGCGCUGGCGAACGACAUCGUCGCCAUGGCCAUGUUCGGUGGCAAGUGCGCGGGGGAGAAGUCCGAGUUCGUGCUCGCCUACGACCAAGUAAGUGAGCUGGUGGCCGGGUUCUUCCCGCUGGACUUCUUCCCGUCGUCGCGGAUCGUGCGGCGGCUGAGCACCGUCGAGCGCCGCCUCCGCGGGAGUUAUGGCUGCAUCCAGCGCAUCAUUGCGAGUAUCGUCGAGAGCCGCAAUGCGGAGAUCGCUGCCAACGGGGAUCAAGAGGAUUUCCUGGGCGUGCUGCUCAGGCUGCAGAAGCAGGAUUCACUUGCUUUCCCUCUGACACCUGAGACUAUUGGCGCCAUCAUGUUUGACAUAUUCGGAGGCGCUACUACAACCCUAGGAUCCACUGUAGAGUGGGCUAUGUCGGAGCUGUUGAAAAAACCCGAGACUAUGGCAAAGGCACAACUAGAGGUUCGAAGCGUUCUAGGUGCACUACGAGGUGUCAUCACUAAUACUGACCUUGGUGGACUCAACUACAUGCGAAUCAUUAUCAAGGAGGUUCUUAGGUUGCAUCCUCCCAACCCUAUGCUUGUCCCCCGUGAGUCAAGAGAGGACUGUGAAAUCAUGGGUUAUCACAUUCCCAAAGGCACAAAGAUACAUGUUAAUGCAUUUGCAAUUUCUCGGGAUCCAAGAUAUUGGUACAACCCAGAGGCAUUUAACCCAGAGAGGUUUGAGAAUAGCAAUGUUGAUUUUAAAGGAACAAAUUUUGAGUUCACCCCCUUCGGGGCAGGUCGUCGACAGUGUCCUGCGAUUCUGUUUGGCACGUCUGCCGUGGAGAUUGCAUUGGCGAAUCUUCUCUACCACUUUGAAUGGGUGCUUCCUGAUGGAGAGAAUUCGCAUUCGUUGGACAUGUCUGAGACUUUUGGGAUGGGAGUAAGGAAAAAGGUAGAGCUGCAUUUGAGAGCUACUCCGUAUGUACAAUCUGGUUAUGUAUAA